CAUUGCCAGCAGAGACGUAAGGUGAGUGUGUGUCCGGUGUGAGCAUGAAGGAGAAGUUCGACACCGCUGUGUUUGCUUGACCGCUGAAAUGACCACACACACUCCGCCACUUUUCGAGAGCCUCAGAUAGCGAGGCGGCUACGUUUAGUCCGCGGUAUACUUAGUAGGCUACUUAUAAGUAUUAUCUCACUCCAUUAUUAUGUUCACGGUCGUGGGAAUGGCUCAACCGUAGCGAAAGUCUCCCUGUGACUGCUUUCAGCUUUUAACCAGUGUUUUACUGCGUCAGUGACCUGCCAUGCGUUUCAACGAGAAGGAGCUGGUGUCUCUGAGCCGCCAGCCCUCAGAGAAGGCAGCUGAGCUGGGGAUGCGAGGACCCAAGAAAGGAGACGUUGUGAAGAAGAGGCUGGUGAAACUCGUCGUUAAUUUCCUCUUUUAUUUCCGGACUGAUGAGGAGGAGCCAAUUGGAGCUUUGCUGCUGGAGCAGUGCCGGGUGGAGAGGGAGGACAGCCAUACCUUCUCUAUUGCAUUUCUGGAUGAAGCAGAGAGGAAGUAUCAGUUUGAGUGUGACUCUGAAGAGCAGUGUGGAGAGUGGGUGGAUGCCAUUAUCAAGGCCAGUUACGAGUUCAUGAGGAAGAACCUGAUAUUCUAUCGAACUGAAAUCCACAGGCUCACUGGCAAGGACCCGUUGGAGCAGUAUGGUAUAUCAGAUGAAACCCGCUUCCAGGUCAGCAAUGGCCUGCAACUUAUGCCUCGAGAUACCGCCUCCCUGUAGACUAGCGUCCUGUGUCCAGAUGUGCUUUAUUUUGCCAUUCCAAAAUUCACUGAUCAGCACACACGCUUUUUUAGAUCUUCACUCUGAAUGUGUGGCAUAGCAGGGUAUCUGAGGCCAUGCACAGUGACUGAUUAUUUCUUUUAUGUAGUUGUCAAUCACUACAGGUGAAAAUGCAACAUAUAUUCAGUUUAGCGGCUUUUACAUGCCAUUUUCUGUAUUCUUUUUCAGACUUUGCCUUGGUUAAUUGGUUGUCUGUGUAAAACAUAUUUAAUUCUAUGUUUUGUACUGGACAUACCUUUUUAGACAAUGAUAUUUUGAGAGCACUUGCGCUGAAGUCUGUGCCGUUCUUUCAGGACUAUUAGCAAUAUGAGCAUGACUGUGUUUAACAAGAAUCAAUCCAGGGCAUAUGAACAUUUGGUGUAAACUGAUGUUAAUCAAGUAAAUGGACACUGUUUGAAGAAGCUUAUGAUUAUUAGAUAUCCUGCCCUAUUUAGAACACAUUUGGCAGGAUUUACUGUCCCAAUUUGAACUGUAUUGGGCCUUUGGUCUGCUGAGUUGAGCCACUCAUUUUAUUCUAUUUUUGCUUAUGCAAAAUAGAUUUUAGUGAUCCCAGUAUGUAUUUAUCAUCUAGCCCAUUUAGACUACUUAGUUUUUAAAAAAUAUACUUUUGCACAUAACUGGGUGUUUUUUAUUAUUAUUAGAAUUUACUUGAACCUACUGUACCUUUUUUAUGUGGCACUUUGAAUCAGAUACCUUUAGAUAAGCUUUUGGACCAUGUUGGGAUACCAGGCUCUUGACAUAACCUAAUAAAUAGCACACCAACUUAUUUGUCAGUGUAUGUUGUGGUCUAAUAUUUCUCUCAAUCACAUUUCCUUCAUCAUGGCAUUGCUGUAUCCUGCACAUUGUUCUUUCAGUCAGGAGUCUACCUGUAAACAGUCAGGAGUUGUCAGUGAAUGUGUCUUUAUGUUAAACUUUUUGCACAUGUGUUUAGUCUGUUUUUACCUCGUUACAUUAUAUUUGUUUCACUGGUAUCUCUCUCUGUCUUUUUUUUUUUUUACUAAUAAAGCCAUUUGAAAUAUA